AAAAAUGAAUCGAGAUAAGAUGCGAGUCAUCUCACCCAACCCAUUAUCAUUCGUUGCUAAUGCAAUGGCUCGCCUAUUGUCCUUCAUCUAAUUUUGAGUUGGUUGAUCAUCUUCCUCAUUUCUCAAAAUCACCAUUAGUUCAUCUUCUCAGGAGAGAGAAGAGAAAUGGAAGUGAGCAUGGCAGCUCACUCCCCUCUCAUACAUUCCAAUUUCACGACUACCCCACUUUAUUCACUUCCCACCAACUUCAAAUUGAAGUCAUGCAAGAAUCAGUCUUUGAGAAUCUUAUGCGACCGUUCCUGUUUUGAAGUUAGGAAACUCUGUUAUAAGCCACCUGGCACUCAGCUUAAUAUUCUGAAUGACGUAAGCUUUUGUCUUCCACAAAAAAGUUUUGGCUUAAUCUUUGGACGGAGUGGGAGUGGGAAAACAACAUUACUGCAGGUUUUAAUAAAUUUAUUGCUACUUGCUGGACUUAACAAACCAACUUCAGGUUCCAUCAUUCUUCAAAGAUAUGGAGAGGAUGGAUCUCCAAAUCAGCCUCCUGAGUCAUUACCACCACAGCGAGUUGGUAAAGUUUUCCAGUUUCCUGAAAGAUACUUUCUGGCCGAUACUCUGUUGGAGGAGGUAACAUUUGCCUGGCCUAAGCAAAAGGGAGGUCUUCAAAUAAGGGAACAGCUUGCUUCGAAUCUUGCACGAGCUCUAAAUUGGGUUGGUUUGGAUGGUGUGCCCUUUGAUAAAGAUCCCCAAUCCCUUAGUGGUGGAUACAAGCGACGGCUUGCUCUUGCCAUUCAAUUAACUCAAGUUCCAGAGCUGUUGAUACUAGAUGAGCCCCUAGCUGGUCUUGAUUGGAAAGCACGGGCAGAUGUGGCUAAACUACUGAAGCAUCUGAAGAAGGAGUUGACUCUACUUGUUGUCAGCCAUGAUCUUAAAGAGCUAGCGCCCCUUGUUGAUCGAUCAUGGAGGAUGGAAGGUGGUGGGGUUCUGAAAGAGGAGCUUCCACCAUUAUGAAAUUAAUUCUAAACAUUGUUGCUCUGAUUUAGAUCUGAUGUCAGCAUUUUUAUGUCUUAGACUUGGCAGUAAGCAAUACAUAAGUAAAUGACUAUUUUAUUUGAGGAAUGGUCUAUGAAUUGUCUUAAAAGAUUUAUGAAAUGAAUAUCAGCAGUUGGAACUUACUAA